AUGCCGCCCAAAGCUCCUAUCACGCGAGGAAGGUUCCAGUUCCUGUCCGGGCCUCUUCCUGCCCUGGACGAGGGUCCGGAGGAGGAUUGGCGCAAGGGGCAACGGGCAGAGAGCAAAGGGCUAGGGGUAAGGGCAGCGGGCGCAGCAGCAGUGGCUGAGGUUGAUGGGGGAGUGGAAAAAGAGGCCGCUGCUGCUGCAGCAACUGGUGGUGCCAGUGGCGGUGCAUAUCCGGCUGUUGGCAGGGCUGUCUCUUGUGUUGCAGAGACAGCAGGGGGGGACUCCGCACAUCUGGCUGGGAGAGCUUGGUCGUCCGGGCCUUUGCCAGACAAAGGGGCUUCUGGGGCUGCUGCUGCUGCUGGUCCUGCGAGCAGGCAUGCAGGCGCCAAGGCAUCUCGUGUGGGGAAGCUGCCAUCGCGCUUCACAUUCGAGACUGCAAACGACCCAUCGGAUUUCGAGGACGGCUCUCCUCUCCCUGCUGCUGCCUAUACACACCCCUCUGGGACCUCCUCCCUCCCGGCCACUGCUGCUGCUCCCGCCACCACCUCUGCUGCUUCUCUUCCUGCCGACAACCCCCCUGCUGCUGCUGCCGCCGCCGCCAUUACUGCUGGUGCCGUUGCUGGUGCUGAUUCCGGUUCUGCCCCAGCUGCCCGUACGGGUGGUUCUGUUGCUGCGCCUGCUGCCUUGUCCGUAAACACAGGAGGUGCAUCUGGUGCAGGCUCAUUUGCUGCUUCCCUUUCAAGCAGAGGCGCUCCUCCUGUGAAGACCUAUUCCGGCCAGAUACAGCCUGCACCAGGUACGCCCUCCCCACAUGAGUCCACAGGGGGCGGGGGCUUUACUGUUCAUAGAGGCCCAGGUGGAACCACAGGCAGGUUCACAGAGGUGCGGGAGGGGCGAGGGAGAGAGGAGGGGGGAAAGGAGGAGAGGUGGGGGGUGGAGCGGGUGAGAGAGGAGGAGAGGGAGCGGAGGAGAGAUGAAAGGGGGAAGGUGGAGAGGGGGAGAGAGGAGAAGGGGAAGGAGGAGAGGGGGAGAGAGGAGCGAGCAAGAGAGGAGAGAGUGAGGGGAGAGCGAGGGAAGGAGACACGGACGAGAGAUGAGAAGGCGGGCCCGAGGGAAGGAGGGGUGCUUUCCCGUGAACUGGGGAAGCCUAAGGAGGAGAGGGUGCGAGAGGAGAAGAGGAGGGAGGAGAGGAGCAAGGAGGGAGGCGGGUCCAGGGAAUUGAGAGGGCGGGAGGAGAAGGGGAAAGAGGAGAGGGGAGGAGGGGGAGCAGGAGGAGGAGGAGUAGGAGGAGGAGGAGGAGGAGGAGGAGGAGGAGGAGGAGGAGGAGGAGGAGGAGGAGGAGGAGGAGGGGGUGGGGGAGGGGCAGGAGGAGGAGGGGGAGCAACAGUGGCAGGGCGGGCAGGCGUGCAGCAGAAGGGGCGGUUCUCAGUGACGACAGACGACUCGGACGACGAGGAGGAGAGCAUGGGCCUGGCGCCCAUUGUGCUGCGCAGCUCGCUCAUGCAACGCCCGCCAGGCCAACAACAGCCUGCUGCUGGAGGGGGCAUAGUGCCGCCCAACCGCCCUCCCACGCCCUCCCAUGGGGCGCCUGCUGCUGCUGCUGGGUCCUCCCACCUCCCUUCCUUCAGAAAGAAGUCUCCUGCUGCUGCUGCUGCUGCUGCUGCUGCUGCUGGGUCCUCCCACCUCCCUUGUUUCAGAAAGAGUCCGUCCGUGGCGUCCCUCAGGCCCAUAAAGGUGUUGUCCUUUGAGACACCUCAAAAGCCGUUUCCCCUUCUUCCCCCGUUCUCCCCCCACGUCUACCCCCCCUUCUCUUCCCGCCUGCUCCACCAAUCAGAGCCCGUCUGUGGCGUCCCUCAGGCCACCUCCCUACCUUCUAUGCACUCGCUGCCCUCCACCAGAAUCCUCGCUGCCCUCCACCAGAAUCCUCGCUGCCCUCCACCAGAAUCCUCGCUGCCCUCCACCAGAAUCCUCGCUGCCCUCCACCAGAAUCCUCGCUGCCCUCCACCAGAAUCCUCGCUGCCCUCCACCAGAAUCCUCGCUGCCCUCCACCAGAAUCCUCGCUGCCCUCCACCAGAAUCCUCGCUGCCCUCCACCAGAAUCCUCGCUGCCCUCCACCAGAAUCCUCGCUGCCCUCCACCAGAAUCCUCGCUGCCCUCCACCAGAAUCCUCGCUGCCCUCCACCAGAAUCCUCGCUGCCCUCCACCAGAAUCCUCGCUGCCCUCCACCAGAAUCCUCGCUGCCCUCCACCAGAAUCCUCGCUGCCCUCCACCAGAAUCCUCGCUGCCCUCCACCAGAAUCCUCGCUGCCCUCCACCAGAAUCCUCGCUGCCCUCCACCAGAAUCCUCGCUGCCCUCCACCAGAAUCCUCGCUGCCCUCCACCAGAAUCCUCGCUGCCCUCCACCAGAAUCCUCGCUGCCCUCCACCAGAAUCCUCGCUGCCCUCCACCAGAAUCCUCGCUGCCCUCCACCAGAAUCCUCGCUGCCCUCCACCAGAAUCCUCGCUGCCCUCCACCAGAAUCCUCGCUGCCCUCCACCGUCCUCUUCUCUACCCUUGCUUCUUGGACUGCCUAAACAACUCUUUCUCUUGCCUUACUGUUCAUGCUUCACCCCCCAUUCCUCCCUGCAGCCGUCAGGCCGAGCAUCCCUACCAUCACCCUCAGGUCGGGCCUCCCUGCCAUCGGUGCACUCGCUGCCCUCCACCAUCCUCUCUGCACCUGCUCGCUCCUCUGCCUCCUCUGCCUCCGCUGUCUCCGAUGCUCUUAUUGUCGAGGUGCUCUUCACACUCAUCAAAGAGCUCUCAGACGCACAUCCAGAGAUUAAGAAUCCAGAGCAGUCAGCAGCGCUGCUGGGAGGCAUCAAGGUGGAGCUGCCAUCAGAGAGGGAGCGCGAGCUGAUGCAGCAGAUAGCGGAGAUGAGGUGCAAGGUGGCCACGCUGGUGGAUAAUGUUAUCACCUACCGCAAGCGCAACGCGCAGGUAAAGCUGCUGCCAACAGCCAACACUGAGGUGGCUUCUCUCCCCCUACUCCUCUUUCCCUCUCCUCUCCCUGCCCUCCCCCCUCCUCUCCCCCUUCCCUCCUCCCCUCCUCUCCUGUUUCGUGCCUCCACAUGUGGUUGCUUCAGUUGGAGAAGCAGGUGGUGGCAUUUCAGUAGCAGAAGGAGGAGAGAGAAGCAUAUCGUCUUUCCUGACUUCUGCUCUUUCUCCCUCCCUCCUCCCGUUUCCCGUGUUCCCCCCAACCCCCCGUCCCCUCGUCCUCUGUUCCCUCCCCCUACAUUUGGAGAAGCAGAUGGCGACAUUUCAGCGGAGGAAGGAGGAGAGAGAAUCAUAUCGUCUUUCCUGACUUCUGCUCUUUCUCCCUCCCUCCUCCCGUUUCCCGUGUUCCUCCGUUCUCUCCCUCAACGUGUGGGUGCUUCAGUUAGAGAAGCAGGUGGCGGCAUUUCAGCAGAGGAAGGAGGAGAGAGAAAGGCAGGGCGUGGUGCUGAGACGAGGGAGGUGACUUAA